CAUGGGCGGCGCACGGGCCUGGGCGCUGCUCUGCCUCGGGCUCCUGCUCCCGGGAGGCAGCGCCGCGUGGAGCGUCGAGGGAGCCCAGUUCUCGGGACGCAGGAACUGGUGCUCGUACGUGGUGACCCGCACCAUCUCGUGCCACGUGCAGAACGGCACGUACCUUCAGCGAGUGCUGCAGAGCUGCCCCUGGCCCAUGAGCUGCCCGGGGAACAGCUACAGGACCGUGGUGAGGCCCACGUACAAGGUGGUGUACAAGACAGUGACCGCCCGCGAGUGGAGGUGCUGCCCCGGGCACGCGGGGGCCAGCUGCGAGGAAGUUGCAGGCUCCUCUGGCUUCGCGGAGCCCCGAUGGUCCGGCAGCGCCAUGCGGCGGAUGACGCUUCGGCCCACAGCCUUCUCAGGUUGUGUCAACUGCAGCAGAGUGUCGGACCUGGCGGAGCGGCUGAAGGUGCUGGAGGCCAAGGUGGCUGUGCUGACUGUUACCCAGCAGGCGGUGCCCCCAACCCCAGCAGCCCCCGAGGACCCCGCCCCUCUCUGGGGCUCCCCAGCUGCCCAGGGCAGCCCUGGGGAUGGAGACCUCCGAGGGCUGCCCGGAGCCAGAGAAACCCCGAGGGCCCCGCUGCUCCCUCGAGAUGACCGAGUUGGUGCCCGGGGACUUCCCGGGCCCGUUGGCCCCAAGGGAGACAUUGGCAGCCGGGGCCCAACAGGAAUGAGAGGCCCCCCAGGUCCACAGGGCCCCCCAGGGAGCCCUGGCCAGGACGGAGCUGUGGGCAUCCCUGGAGAAAGGGGACCUCCAGGCCCCCCAGGGCCCCCUGGGCCCCCCGGCCCCCCAGCCCCCGUUGGACCACCCCACGCCCGGAUCUCUGAGCAUGGGGACCCGUUUCUGUCUAACACCUUCACUGAGACCAGCAGCCACUGGCCCCAGGGACCAGCUGGGCCGCCUGGGCCCCCAGGGCCUAUCGGUCCCCCCGGACCUCCUGGUCCCAUGGGCAUCCCUGGGAGUCCUGGACAUACAGGACCCCCAGGCCCCACUGGACCCCAAGGAAUCUCUGGCCACCCAGGAGAAAAGGGUGAGAGAGGACUGCGUGGAGAGCCAGGCCCCCAAGGCUCCAUGGGACAGCGGGGAGAACCUGGCCCCAAAGGAGACCCCGGUGAGAAGAGCCAUUGGGCUCCUAGCUUACAGAGCUUCCUGCAGCAGCAGGCUCAGCUGGAGCUCCUGGCCAGACGGGUCACCCUGCUGGAAGCCAUCAUCUGGCCAGAACCAGAGGGGUCAGGGGCAGGCCCUGCCGGCAUGGGCACCCCCACCCUCCUCCGGGGCAAGAGGGGAGGACACGCAACCAACUACCGGAUCGUGGCCCCCAGGAGCCGCAACGAGAGAGGCUGAGGGUGGCGGUGGCCCCUCAGGUGGACUAGGCCAGCUGCCUCUAGGGACCACCCAUCCUAUUUAUUAAUGUCCUCAGGGUCCCUCUGCCGCCUCGGCCUCGGGGCUGCCCAGGCAUCCGGGCCUGCAGGCACCGUGGGAGCUGACGCUCUGCCUGGCCCUCAGCACAUGCAGGGACUUGAAGGAGGGCAGACUCGCCUCCCUCCCUCCCCAUCAGACCCCGAACCUCUUCUCUCGUUUCCUGGUUUCUGGUGCUGGGUUCCCAACCCCGAGUCAAGCUGCCUGAGCUGACAGAUGUGUGGACUCUUCGACUGAGUUCUGUCCCCAGAGCCCCAAGCUACUCCUGUGCCCCAGGUUGUGGGGAGGGGGGCAGGGACAUGGAAAGGGAGGAGCCACCUGUGACUGACACCAGGAAGUAGGUGCCUACCGGCCAAUAAAGGCCCAGCCUGA